CACACAAAAAACACCCCACAAAAACCAAAACACAUUCGUUCAUAACCAACUAAACUGAAAAUGGCGCUACAUAUCCACUUUGCAUCUUCUUCCUUCACCAACAAACCCUAUCAUCAUCUUCCUCAAACACCUCUUUUCCACUCACCCACCAAACCCAAACACUCCGUAAAUUCCCAGAACCCGUCAGAAUCCCAGAAACCCACGACCAACCUCGAUGAGACCGCCUCUGCUGCAACCCCACCAAAGAAAACCGGCUCAUCUGGGCUGGGGUUUGGAUCUUCCUCGCCAUCAUGGCCUUCUAGUAAACCAAAUCCGAGGGCAUCGAUAAUUAGGCGGUCACCGGUUGAGAAACCCUCGGCUUUUGUGAGCCAAGAAGAUAAGGUUAAGGCAAAGGAGGAGAGUAGGAAUGAGAGUGCUUUUCUUCUUGCUUGGUUGGGGCUCGGCGGAAUCAUUCUCGUCGAGGGCAUUGCUCUCGCGGCCUCGGGCUUCCUACCAGAAGAGUGGGAUAAAUUCUUUGUGAAGUACUUGUACCCAUCCUUUACUCCAACAGUCUUCUUGUUUGUUGCGGGAACAGUUGUUUAUGGAGUGCUCAAGUACCAGCAGAAUGAUCAAGUUAAAGAUGAGAAAUGAUAUUCAGUUAAUAUAGACUGAUAUUUUCAGGUUCUACAAGGAGAAAUUUGUUACAUUUUCUAAGUGAGUAUCUUUUACUGGUUUCUUUAGCUAGGAGGUUGUACAACUGUGCCUGCCAUGCUUGAUAGAAAGAUGAAUCAGAUAAGAAAAUAUCAAGUUUUAAACAACUCUAGGUGCCAUCAAUUGAUGAGUUUCUUUAGAAAAUGUACUUGUGGGGUGCCUUCAAUCAUUAGAAUGCCGCUUUCCAGUUAGGUGUGGAUCUUAAUCCCAUUCAACGUUUCUUGGUGUCACUUCAUCAAAGUUGUAUGAGAAUUAGAUGACAUUCAGGCUGA